UCAGAUCGCCGUGGACAAUGGGUUUGGGGGUGUGUAUGGACAGCAGAAAGCAGAUUGGAUGGUAGAUGUGGUCCAGCAGUAUUUCCAAGACAACGCUGACCUGGAGCAAAGCGACGUUGAGGACUUCCUGUCUGAGCUGAUGAAUCAAGAGUUCAACACUGUGGUGGAGGAUGGCAGUUUACCACAGGUAUCGCUUCAUCUGCUGCAGCUGUUUUCUCAGUGGAAGCAGGGGGCGCUGCAGCAGGUUCAACACACCAUCAACACACUGACACACAACAAGUCACAAAGGGCAAAGGUCAUGGCUCCACCCACACCGUCUGAUGAGGAGAGUGACGGUGAAACUCAGGUGAUGGAGUGCGAAGAAUCCAACCCAUCGGGUAACAGAACAAAUGUUCAUCCAGCUCAGGACGAAGUGGAGGGCUGGACUCUAGUCAGGAGAAAGAAAUGAUGAAGAUGAUGAGCAGAACCUGAACCUGGACUUUUUGGUCCCAGCUGCUCACUUGUGCAGAUAAAAGCUUUCUGUUUUCUAUUAAACAUGUUGGUCAAAGCAUGGUGUCAGUGGAGAACGGCUGCCAUCAGGGAUGCUGGGCUACUGCUUCCAGAACCACCUCAUCAGGUCCUUGUUCUGAUGAGUCCAGUUUAUUCAACAGAACGGUGAUUACAUUAUUUACAAGAAUCAAGAGGGAAAAAUAUUGUACAUUUUAAAACUAGUUUGAGUUAAAAGGCCAUCUGUUUUCUGCCAUGUUUCCAUGAUCGGGUCCAUUAGGGCCCCUGGAACAUCUUGUCUCUAGAGACUCCUCGGCUCCAUCUCAUCAACCUGUGCUGUACCUCUGAUGAUCUCAUUCCUAAUCUACUACAUCCUUGUCUCUCCUAAGGAGA